GCCUGGCCCCUUUCUUUUUGCACGCCGACAGGAAAAAGAAAGAAUUCAACCACACUUUGUGGGAAAAAAUAUUUCUACUUCAACUUAGAUUCGUCUGUCGGACUUCCGAGGCUCAGAUUCUUUAAACUUUGCUUCUGGGAGUACAUUUUGCGUUCGCCCAGGCUAAGAAAGAUUUGGAUUGAUUUGUUGUGCCCGGUAGAUGUCACUAGCUGGGGACCAAACGACCUCGCCGCCAGCAAAGCGCCAAAGAACUACAGAAAAUUCCGACCAUCGAACUACCAACAACUCGUUAGCCUGCAACAACCACGUUAACAACUCGUCUCAGUCUGUCAGAGACGAGGGACAAGCUGAAAAAAUGGAUAUUGACGAAGGAUUGUACUCACGGCAACUUUAUGUGUUGGGGCAUGAGGCCAUGAAAAAGAUGGCUGUUUCCAAUGUCCUCAUCUCUGGAUUGAGGGGUCUUGGUGUAGAAAUAGCCAAGAAUGUUGUGCUGGGUGGGGUGAAAUCUGUCACUCUUCACGAUACAGGAGCUGUUGAGCUCUCAGACCUCACCUCUCAGUUUUUCCUGAAUAAGAAAGAUGUUGGUAAGAACAGAGCGGAGGUCUCACAUCCAAGGAUUGCAGAGCUUAACACCUAUGUCAGUAUGUCCGUCAACACCCAGAAGCUAACAGAGGAAUUCAUCAAUAAAUUCCAGGUGGUGGUGCUCACAGAGUCCUCUCUAGAAGAGCAGCUAUGGAUCAGUGAUUUCUGUCAUUCCAAGGGAAUCAAGCUGAUCAUAUCGGACACCAAGGGUCUCUUUGGGCAAAUAUUUUGUGAUUUUGGUGAGAGCUUUACUGUGGUGGACACUAAUGGAGAGCAGCCAGUUAGCAAUAUGAUCUCUGCUGUUAGCAAGGAUGCACAGGGCGUGGUCACCUGUCUAGAUGAACAGAGACAUGGCUAUGAGACUGGUGAUUACGUCACCUUUUGUGAAGUCCAGGGAAUGACUGAAUUGAAUAAUUGUGAGCCAAGGGAAAUCAAAGUUCUAGGACCAUAUACCUUUAGUAUUGGUGAUACCUCUUCAUAUUCAGACUAUGUAAGAGGCGGCAUUGUUACUCAAGUUAAGAUGCCUAAAAUUGUCAAAUUUAAAUCUUUUCGACAGUCAUUGAUGGAGCCAGAAUUUGUACUGACAGACUUUGCAAAAAUGGAGCGACCGAGCCAACUACAUCUUGCAUUCACAUGCUUAAGUGAAUACCUCAAGAAACAUUCCUCUUACCCAAGACCAAGAAAUAAGGAAGAUGCAGAAAAGUUUGUUGCCCUGGCAAAAGAACUGAAUGGAAAGCUCUGUGCUAAGGUUGAUGAAGUAGAUGAUAAACUGCUGUCCCAGUUUGCUUUUAAUGCCAGGGGGGACAUCUGUCCGAUGCAAGGGGUCAUCGGUGGUAUAACAGCACAGGAAGUCAUGAAGGCUUGCAGUGGGAAGUUCAACCCUAUUUACCAGCUGUUGUACUUUGACUGUCUUGAGUGCUUACCAGAAGAAUCCGAUAUUCCCGAGGACCAGUGUCAGGCUACUGGCUCCAGAUAUGAUGGCCAGAUUGCAGUUUUUGGUAGUGAAUUCCAAAAGAAGCUUGGCCAACAAAAGUACUUUGUUGUUGGUGCUGGCGCCAUUGGCUGUGAACACCUGAAAAACUUUGCCAUGAUGGGGCUAGGGAGUGGUGAGGGAGGUCACAUUUACACCACAGACAUGGACACCAUUGAGAAGUCCAACCUGAAUAGGCAGUUCCUUUUCCGGCCUGCCGAUGUCCAGAAAAUGAAGUCAGAAGUGGCUGCUAGGGCUGUCAAAGUUAUGAACCCAGAUGUGAACAUCACCGCUCAUGGCAACAGAGUGGGGCCUGAGACUGAGAAGGUGUAUAAUGAUGAUUUCUUCGAGUCAUUGAGUGGAGUCACCAAUGCACUUGAUAAUGUAGAUGCAAGGAUGUACAUGGACAGAAGAUGUGUGUAUUACCGCAAGCCCCUGCUGGAAUCAGGGACACUAGGAACCAAAGGCAAUGUCCAGGUGGUGUUGCCAUUCAUGACUGAGUCAUACAGCUCUUCACAAGAUCCCCCUGAGAAGUCCAUCCCAAUCUGCACUCUGAAGAACUUUCCCAAUGCCAUCGAACAUACCCUGCAGUGGGCCAGAGAUGCAUUUGAAGGUCUCUUUACGAUUCCUGCUGAAAAUGUCAACCAGUAUGUGUGUGACCCGAAGUUCAUUGAAAGAACAGACAAGCUCCCUGGCAUGCAAGCGAUGGAGGUUUAUGAUAGUGUCAAGAAAUGUCUAGUGGAUGAAAGACCGAAGGAUUUUGCUGGAUGUGUUUCCUGGGCCCGUCACCUGUUCCAAGAAUACUACCACAACACUAUCAAACAGCUGCUCUUCAACUUCCCUGCUGAUCAGAUGACCAGCUCAGGACAGCCCUUCUGGUCUGGUCCAAAGCGUUGUCCCCACCCUCUUGUGUUUGACCCACGAGAGGGUACUCAUUUGGACUUCAUCUCUGCUGCUGCAAAUCUGCGGGCCUACAUGUAUGGCAUCACUGGGUCUAAGGAUCAGCAGUACAUUCUCGACAUACUAAAGGGUAUCACUGUACCUGAAUUCGUACCAAAGUCUGGUGUAAAAAUAGCUGUGACGGACCAAGAAGCAGAAGCUGAAAGAAACACUGGUGGGAACAUGGAUGAAGACGAUGUUGACUCCGUCAAAAGUGCCAUGCCCACUCCUGAAUCGCUUCAGGGAUUCAAAAUGAACCCAGCUGACUUCGAGAAGGAUGACGACACCAACUUCCAUAUGGACUUCAUUGUGGCGGCAUCUAAUCUGCGAGCUGCGAACUACGAUAUCCCUCCCGCAGAUAGACAUAAGAGCAAGCUGAUAGCUGGCAAGAUCAUCCCAGCCAUCGCAACAACCACAGCGAUCGUGAGUGGACUCGUCUGUCUUGAGCUCUACAAGCUUGUCCAAGGGAGUAAGAAAUAUGAAACCUUCAAAAACGGCUUCAUCAACUUGGCACUCCCGUUCUUUGGAUUCUCAGAGCCUAUCGCCGCCCCAAAAAGCAAGUACUACGACACGGAGUUCACACUGUGGGACAGGUUUGAAGUUCAAGGAAUCAAGGAAAAUGGCGAGGAGAUGACCCUACAGGAAUUUAUUGACUACUUUAAGGAGAAGGAACGCCUGGAGAUUACUAUGCUGUCGCAGGGCGUGUGUAUGCUCUACUCUUUCUUCAUGGCGCCUGCGAAGCUCAAGGAGCGCUUGGCUAGCAAGGUAAGCGAGGCCGUGGUGAAGGUAUCAAAGAAAAAGAUCAAGCCACACGUCAAAGCGCUUGUGUUGGAGCUUUGCUGUAACGACGAGAACGACGAGGAUGUCGAGGUCCCGUAUGUCCGCUACUCCUUCCGCUGAACGCACCACCGCAGGCGAACCACAGGACUCCCGCACUAGAAAAAGACUUCGGAUUGUAGCUGAUUUACACCAAGCAAUCUUGUAGUGUCGAACCAAAACGAUAAAUGCCAAGAUACUACGUCUAUGUUCGUUGUAUUUUUUUUUAGCCUGAUGUAAUGGAAUUUUCGUCUUCCUCACUUUUGUCCUCAAAAGUAAUAUCCGUUUGGUUUCGUAAAUAAAAAAAUAUAUAGUCAAAUA